AUGUAUAAAUUGCAGAGAGAAGAGUUUGAGAGUUUAGGAUUUGUUGAUGAGAAGAUGAGAGAGGUGGAUGGGAUUUAUAUAAAUGGAGUCCGUGGGUGUUUCUUAGAACCUGCCUACCGCGUUGGGGGGUGGGCACUUGAACCCGGAAUCCCGAACCCGACCCGGUCCCGUCCCGAAAACUGCCGGGACGGGACGGGUUUGAAACUUCAAAUUUUACUAUUUGGGCCCGUCCCGUCCCGUCCCGUUUUAACGGGACGGGUUUCGGUUUGGUUCGAAAAAAUCCCUCAGAGGCCCGACCCGUCCCGAAGUAUUAAAAUUUAUUUUAUUUUCCUUACUUUUCGAUCGGUUUUUGACCUAAAACCUAAACUCAUUCCUCAUUUCCUCUCGAAGUCUCGAGCCUCCAGUUCUCCUUUCGAUCGGUUUUGUGACCUAAACCCUAAACUCAUUCCUCAAUCCUCAUUUGAGUCAUUUCCUCUCGAAGUCUCGAGCCUCCAGUACCUGCCUUCCUGGUCACCGACCCAUUCCCAAUUUCCCAAAGUACCUGCCUUCCUGGUCACCGAGACUGCCUUCCUGGUCCAGCCGUCAGCUCGGGGAAGUGGUUUCGAGUCGCCAGCUUCGCCGUGGUUUCGAGUCGCCAGCUUCGCCGUGGUUUCUCCGUCGUCAGCUUCGCCGUGGUUUCGAGUCGCCAGCUUCGCCGUGGUUUCUCCGUCAUCAGCUUCGCCGUGGUUUCGAGUCGCCAGCUUCGCCGUGGUUUCUCCGUCGUCAGCUUCGCCGUUGCUUCAAACACAUAAGACUGCAAAUAACUGGAUGCUAGGUGAUGAUAUUGCAGAGGUUGUUGAUGAUUGCUCAAUUGAAAACCUCGAGUUUUAUGAAGAAGUUGAGCAAGAGCAUGAAAGCACUGCAUCUAGCAAAACCAAUGUAUGUCCAGCUCCAAAUCCAAGAGCAAAAGGCAAGGGAAAGCUUGGGGCAGCUAGUAAUGUGAUAGAUGUUUGAACUUUGUUCAAUUCAUUUAGUUGUGUGCACAUUUUCAAUGAAGUGUCAAAUUGUGGACUGUAAUGGAUUAUUAAAUUAUGCAGAUUUGGUCUUCUUUCAGUUCUUUGAGUUGCAGUUUGCUUAUUAUAUCAUGUUUUUCUUAUUGUUUAGGUUUAGUUGCAGCUUGCUCUAAUGGAAAUGUAGAAAUGCAUUAGCUUUAGUUGCAACUUGCUUUGAUACUUUGGUCUUCUUUGAGUUGUAGCUUGCUUUAAUGGAAAUGUAGAAAUGCAAAACAGGGAAAUUGAUGAAA